AUGAAAAUAGAAUACAGCAACGCAAGUAAUUUAACAGAUGAGGAUUUAUAUGGCAAGUAUGUACAGCUUCGUAAGAGCAUAGAUAUGGAAAAGGGCACUACCCAUAGUGACUACAUUAAAGAAAUGAAGGACUUAUUAAUGGCUGUCCUUUUAAAAUAUAAAGCUAUAAAAUUUGGCGAUUUCGUUUUAAAAUCAAAAAGAAAAUCGAAAUAUUUUUUUUCAAGUGGCGUUCUUAAUAAUAUUGUUUCAGCAAAUAUUAUUUCCUUUUUAAUAGCUAACUUAAUUUUGACAAAGAAUAUUCCUUUUGAUUAUUUACUUGGGGCAUCUUAUAAAGGAAUUCCAAUUGUUACUCUGACUAGCCAUUUCUUAUUUAGUUCCAAUAAAUUUGCAAAUGUUUUUUAUUUAUAUGAUAGAAAGGAAAAAAAAGAAUAUGGUGAUAAGACCGCUAUUGUUGGAAAUAUAGAUGAACAGGACACCACUAUUAUUGACAAUGGUAAUACUAAUCAUAGUAAAGAAAAAAAUGUAAUAAUUAUUGAUGAUGUAUUUACUUGUGGUACUGCUUUAGGAGAAAUAAUAAAUAAAUUGAAAUGCUAUCAUAAUUUGAAAGUUAUAGCUUUUAUUGUUCUUCUUAAUAGAAAUGAAUAUGAAAUAAAUGAAAUGAAUGAAAAAGUUUAUUUUAAAGAUUUAUUUGAGCAAAAAUUUCAUAUCCCCCUGUACAGUAUUCUUAGCUACAACGAGGACCUUGAGCAUAUCAUUGGAUAG